AUCCAGUUGUAUACCUAAAUGCGUACGGCACUGUUUUAAUAGUACACACGUGCAGCCACGGUCCAAUGAAUUGAUCUCGCGAGGUGAAUCCUCCCCGGGAUGAAAAAAGACGCCGCGCCAUCUUUGAGGGCUCGCCCGUCUCUAGGGGGCCGACGCGCGCGAUUUCGACAGUGGACCGUCAGGCACCGGGUUGAUUUUUCGGGCGAACUUUGCGAAAUCGUCGAUCGACGGGGAUCCAGCGACGGUCGGAUGAAUGGUGAUGAUUGAAGAACUUGAAUGAUAAAUCCGAGAUUCGUUGGAUUCAUAGCAAAGGGACAGAUUACUGUUUUUGGCUAGCGUUCGUUUAAUAUCGGAACAAUUGUAGUUUUAUCGUACACGGUUCGAUGCUCGGCUGUAGAAUUGUUUCGAUAUGAGAGUAAUCGCGAGUAAUCGCCGAGAAUUUUACCGUACCGGGAAUAGUGAACACGUCUGUUUCCGACGGAGUUCCGUCGGCCAGGUGUGAAGUGCGCGAAGAGAAGUGAAAGAUAGGCGAGGAACGCGCUGGGAACUUCUAGUGACAGAUCAGUGGAUAAUAAUCUUUCUUUCGUACGAACUUCAGUGGAGGCCAACGGAACAUUUUGCUCGGCGAUCGUUGUAUUUUAUCGAAUUCCUUUAUCGAUAACGAACAUUUAUCUUCUAUCGUUGAUGUCGUUGGAGCUGGCCGUAAAAGUUCGAUGAUAUCGAUGUCGAUCGACGGCUGAAGAUACGCGUGAAUGACUAUCACGCGGAAUGAUGUAGCCGGCGGAGUUAAUUAACGCGGGAAUGACAAUAAUGAUGGAUGGGGGAUCGGCGACAGCGCGCGGAGGCGGCACUCGCUCGCCUCCAGACUUUGUUUCGCCUCCGAACGCGGCGACAAAGAAAGUCGGAGGGAGAAAGAGGGAGGAAAAGAGAGAGAGAGAAAGAUAGAGAGAAAGAGGGAGAGAGAGAGAGACGCCUCUCCCUUUACGUGAAAUCCGUAACCAUUCUCGUGCAUGUAAUUCCCACAUGACUAAAAAGGGGUCUGGUGGUGGGGGGGAUAUGUAACACCGGGAUCCCGACUGAAGCCCGAAGUUUUAGUUUUGCUCGGCGACGACCUUAAGUUCCAACGCUCCUGUCCUCUGACCCGUCGCACGCCGGCCCACAGAAAUGACACGGUGCCGUCAUUUCCCGAAAAAGUUCACACCUCCGAGUUAACGGCCGUUACGCCGACGGUGUGUAUGUGCUAGUGUCCUGCGGCCACGUGACGAUCCGGAUACCCUGGGACUCAUCAUGAAACGCAACGGCCUAUCAUCAGACAUGCACCUCGGCGCAUCCAGUCCACAGGAAGGCGUGACGAAGGAGAAAAGCAAGAACGCGGCGCGCUGGCGGCGCGAGAGGGAGAAUUACGAAUUUUUGCAGCUCGCGAUGAUGUUACCGCUACCGCAGCCCAUCACGACACAGCUGGACAAGGCCAGCAUCAUUCGGCUGACGACCAGCUACCUGAAAAUGCGGGAGGCGUUCCCAUACGGUCUCGGAGACGAAUGGGGCGCCGCCCCGCCGCCCGCCAACCCCAUAGAAUCCAACAUGAAGGAACUGGGCACCAAUAUAUUGCAAACCCUGGACGGUUUCAUAUUCGUCGUGGCGCCCAACGGCAAAAUAAUGUACAUAAGCGAAACGGCCAGCACGCACUUGGGACUGGCGCAGGUGGAGUUAACGGGCAACAGCAUUUUCGAGUACAUAUACCCCGAUGACCACAAGGAGAUGUCGUCGGUUCUGUCUCUACCCCAAGGGCCCACGGGCUUCGCCUUCCCGCCGUCGAACUCGCGAGGCGAAAUCGAACUGGAGUGUGCCUUUACCCUGAGGAUGAAGUGCAUCCUGGCGAAGAGGAACGCGGGAUUGGUCACGGAAGGAUACAAGGUGAUACACUGUUCAGGCUACCUAAGGUGCAUCAUAGAAGGACCGGAACCGGAGAAACAGAUCCGGAACAUCGUCCUGGUAGCAGUGGGCCAAUCCCUGCCGACGCAUUCGAUAACGGAAGUGAAACUCUACCAGAACAUGUUCAUGUUCCGCGCGUCGUUGGACUUGAAGCUGAUAUUCGUCGACGCGAGGGUGGCGCAACUGACCGGAUACAACCCGUCGGAUCUGAUCGAGAAGACGUUGUAUCAUUACGUGCACGCGUGCGACGCUUGGCUACUGAAGUACAAUCAUGAAGUAUUGUUGUGCAAGGGCCAAGUGACAACGAAGUACUACAGGUUUCUGACGAAGUACGGAGGAUGGGUCUGGAUGCAGUCUUGCUUCACGGUGGUUCACAAUUCCAGAAGCUCCAGGCCGCACUGCGUCGUCUCGGUGAACUACGUGUUGACGGAGCGAGAGUGCAAGGACCUUUCGCUAAGCUGCGAGCAGACGUGCUCCUGCUCUAGCCCUGAGAAUCCGCCUAGCGCGGCUCUGGAGGCGCCGACGCCUGGCAGCGGGGCGAACGAUUUGGACAAGCAUGAUCUCAGUCCGCCCGCGUUUAGGAGCAGGACCAAGGAACCGGACGAUAAUCAUUACACAGACUUGACCGCUUAUUCGAACCAGGAAUACAUCGGGUCGACUAACCAUUACAUGUCAUCGCCUUACGGGACCCAUAGCGUGAACGGCAACGCUCACGAAGACGGGUCGUACUACAACUCCGAUCUCUUUUACCCAUAUGGAGACAUGCAUCAAGAUCCCCUCGCGUCGGUCCAGCAGCAACAGGAAGCGCAGCACCCGCACCUCCUGCACCACGCGAACUCCUUAACGAACCUGCAACAGCAUAGUCCCCAGAACGCUCAACAGGACCGCCAGCAUCCCCCUCACCUGCUGCACCACGCGACACCGUUGCCGAGCCUGCAGCAGCAGCAGCAACAGCAACAGCAGCAGCAGCCGUUGCAGCAGCACAGUCCUCAAGGUAAUCAGCAGAGGAGGCCGUACUCGACACCGUCGAGUUUCUGUCGCCGGCAACACACACCCCCGAUAGGGAUAGUGGAAGGUGUGAUCAUGUAUCCGAACUGCGGAUUCAACAGCGAGGACAGUUACAGCGCUAACGCUGGCAGCCUGCAGCACCACGAGGCCUCCUACCUGCCGCAUUCCGAUUACCAUAACGCGAACAAUAAUCCCGUCAAGUAUCCCCAUCAUCAUCUAGAAUCCACCCCCGCCGGAUACACCAGCGUGAUAGUCGACUCGCAGCAGAUCCGCGACGGGGCGGGGCACAACAACAACCGUCGGAGCAACAUGGAGAAUCGCUUGAGCACCGAGGACUGCGCGGACCUGGCCGUCGAGUCGCAGCAGUACAGCACCGUGAUCGACGCGCAAGAUGGCGGGCAGGUGCACCAGGCGAGUGCCGAUUUGAGGACGUACACGCCAAUAGCGCCCGUUGCUUACGUGACUCCGAACAACCAUUUUUGCCGGGGCAUGAGGGUGAUGAGCAGCGAGUGAAUCGAUCGCGUGGCGAACACGACUUUCGAGGAGUGUGUGCGCGGACUGUCACGAUUCGGACUGCGAUCGGUUUCCCUCGGGUGACCGUUGGAACUCGUGUCCUCUACGGUGUAUCGACGGGAUGAUCCACUAUCUUGUUUCGCUCUUAACGCCGAUGUAACCGGACAUUUUUAGGGGUGUCGCGGUUUUAAGGGACGCAGUGGAUCACGUGUCGGUACGCUCGGCACUUAAAGGAACGAUGACUGUACGAGCUUUUAUUUCCGAUCGGGGAGAACCGAGUUUCUUGGUUCUCCGAGCUGUCGGUCGUUAGAUCUGUUGCGUAUACUUUAUUCACAUAUCAAGGCGUGCUCUUCGUUCGAGGCGUGCUAGGACCUUCGAGGAAACGAGCCUCGCAGUAACAUCGCGAUGAUGUUGGCUCUUUAACACGUUGAUUGUCGAUGAAUUCGAGAACACUAACGUUUGUCUGCUUUACGAUUCGGGUGAUAUUUAAGAUACAUUGGUGAACAUUGUCAAUAUGGAUAUACUAAAUAUAACGACAGUUGUUAUACAAAAAUCGCUGGAUAGUCAACGUGUUAGAUAUCAAGUUAAUGUCGCAAAAUGUUUCUGCGAACAAGAUUCCUGCCGAAUAGGAUCGCGAUUUCAAAUCUCGUUCACGACGUACGAUUAAGCGGUGUUGAUCAGGUCGAGUUUAUUGUUCGUAUUCUCGUUUGACUAUUUUCAUUACCGACGAUAUUCGCUGGACGCGUUAGUUGACAUUUGUGCUCGUUUGAUCGCGUAUUUGACCGAAAAUUCUUCAUUGACGAUAAUUUAACCCUUCACCGGCAAUACGAUCUUCCAACGCGACUAAUGCGAACCUUUUACGAUCGAGCUCAAUUUUUCAUCUUUUCAACGAAUUCCGAAACACUUAUUAAAGUCCUUAAUUUAAUAUACAAUUGCUUAAUCCUCUUAGUACCCUACGAUUUUCCAUGGUCCCAGAAAUACGCAGAAAAUAAAGAUAUAUCUUCACUUUCUUUUUAAUUCAUUAUAAAAAUCUCUGUAACAAGCAAACCGAAAUAUCUGCUCACGAGUACUAAGAGGGUUAAGUCGCAUCUCUAUAAAACUUCGCGACAGAAACUCUAAAUCGCGGUGAAGUCACAAAGAAAUGAAACUUUCGAUAAAACUCUAAUGAUCUGUAUCGCAAGUGGAGGGUUAAUAGAGGAUUAAUUGAAUAGGUCAUUCGGACGGACAAUCGAACUCCGCGGGAUUCAACGGGAAAAAAGGGAACACGAAGAUUCGAGGCUCGACUUGAAGCUCGGUGAAACGUGUUUCCGCUGGAAUUCACGCUGGACGUGAUUGCCCGACAUUCUGUCGCCCACGGAGGACGAGCCGAAACGCGUGCACCGAGAUUCCGCGGGACAAGAGGCGCGGAAGCGUUCCGGCAGGCGCGAACGAACGAAGAUCGCGAGGUUCGCCGACGAAUCUGUUGCUUCGCAGACGUUGUUUCUGUAAAUACGAGGACGGAAGAGAAUCGGGAAGUGUCUAACAUCGGAUUGUCUUUCGAGACGGCAGCGUGGCGCGAUGUACAUAAUCGUAGGCGUGUAAAUUACGUAGUCGUCGUAGCGAUUAAGGACGUGUACAUAUUUGAUAUUUCUAACAUAGGAUCCGAAGACUGACCGGUGCUUGUACCAACCGACCAAAGAAACACGCCCUUGUUGGAAUAGAGACAAACGAGAGAAACGGAGAGAGAGAGAGAGAGAGAGAGAGAGAGAGAGAGAGAGAAAGGAGAAAACGGAAGGAAGAAUUACGGGAACGUAAUACAUUGUUAUAUUUUUAUCCGCGCACGUUCGACGCGAUGGACCGACAAGUACGUGUACUUGCAAUACUGUAUAUAAAUGGUAACCUGGUGGUCUCCGUAAACUUAACCACUGAAGUAUUUUAACCCUCUAUAGGCCCCUGUGACUUUCAAGUCACGCAUUAAUAUACUCGGUUAAAUUCAUCUAAUUUUUUCCACAAAAUGAAAUAAUUAACACUAGAACUACCGAGCAGUCAAAAUGGGUUUUGAUUUUUUUGUUCCGCAAUUACUGAUAUAAAGGCAUUGAAUAUUCAAAAUUAUCUUGAAAAUCAAUAGUUUUACUUGACUAAUAUAAUGAAUAUCCGAAGAAACUGAAAAUAAUCUAUUGUUACAAUUUUUAUGGGAAUUAUAUAUUAAUCGUGUUAAAUACACGGUAGUUCUAGUGUUAAACUUUCAUACACAGAGACAUUACGUUGACAUCAUUAUAAUUUCGAAGUUAUGAAAUAUAUUCGUUUUAAUAAGAUUAUUGAGUCUAUUUAAAAUACAUCGUUACUUUGUAUUUACACGUUAUCUAUGAAUUCAUAGUGCACAAAGUUCGUUACAGUCAAAAAUUCGGCCAAUAGUGGGUUAACAGAAACAUCUGAGCGAACCCCUCUGUUUUCUCGGCGCAUAUCCGGUAACGAGGAAGCGGACCGCCAUGUAUAAAACGCCGCGUGUAUACACCGUAAUCUUAUUAUUAUUUAUAUCGAUGUAAAUUAAGCGGGUCUCGCGGCUCGUAGAGGAGGGAUCGUCGCGUUGUACGAUAAACUUAACAUUGUAAGCGAUUGUAAAUAUUGUACAAGUAUUUGCGCGCGCUGCAUACCUAUGCGAGAGAAUAUAGUCAUAUUUUCCUCUGACGAUUCAGCUCAUUGCCAUUCGUUCACCGAUGAUCCUCUUUUUAGGCGGGUCGAACGUUCGCCGCCGACUCGAACCUGUUGAUCGUAGUUGCAACCGGGUAGAAACGCAGUUUGGUACGAAUCGGUUGAAUUGAAGAUUUCUUUUUGGUUCGAGGAAGAAUUCUCGUUCUCUGAUCGGAUCGGUACGAUCGUUUGAUUUCUCUGUCUGUCACGCGGAGAUAGUUUGCUCUCGAAUCCUGGGGAACUAAACUGAUCAACUUUGUUUCCCGCGGGUUUCUCGAUUUAUCGUAGCGUAUCGGUGUCAUUGAACACUUUUAUCUUAAACACUUGAUCGUAUAACGUUGGUUUGUUAGAGUGCCACUACCAUUUUCCUUUCGAUGCAUCGUCGAGUUUCCUUGCUUAGAAUUUCUGUGGAGUUGAUCGGAUUGGCUUCUGCAACGCUCGAUUACCAUUGUUUUUAUAGAGGAACUGGUCGAAUCUCUUAUUCUGUUUAAUAAAACCAUGAUAUUUAAAGAAACGAGUGACGAUUAUUUUCAUUGGGACUCAUUCAUUCCGCUGUGCAGUGAAUUGUUCGUUCGCUCGCUAUUAAUGCAUUGCGUACCGGCUGAUCUUCAGAAAACUGAAUUGUGAUGGCAAUAUUCACCGUCAACUUAUAUCAUACAUAGAAAAACUCAGAUAUAUUAUGUAAUAUAUUUUAAAUAGAUAAUCAAUUCGAAUCAGAUUUUAUACUUUUUACAAUGCUCUGGUAAUUAGAUAAGUUGCAUAGCUAAGUGUCUUUGUAUGAAAACGAGAUUUCUCGUUGCCAGUGCGCAAUGCGUUAACUCGGCCGGCGGGUACCAGUCAGAAAUCAUUCCGAGCAAUUUCACGGCGAAUAGAUUUUCAAUGGCCCGUUAAUGUUUGCACCUUGAAUACCUGCGCGCGGGCUAUUCAACCGUCGCCCCUUCACAGGUGGCGGGAUGCCUCUUUUCAUUGCGGGGAUUCCCCAUUACCUCUAAUUUGCUCUGCCGCAGGUACCGGCCGAGGACAAGAUAACGCUACCGAAAGCACGCUGCAUUUCGGUGCCCAUUGAAUUACGAAUGUUAAGCCAAAACAUAUGGGCUCGGGGGAAGUGCACCCUGCAAGACCCGUUUCUUAAUUUACAUUCCGCCCGGAUUCUCUUUAUCCCUACUCGAAAUAUUUACUUUCACACGCAAACUGAUAGAAGUUCUGAAUCCUAGAAAAUACAAUUCGAACGUUACCGUUCACUCGUUUUAACACUAGAACUACCAAGCACUGAAACUGACUUCUAUAAAUUUCUUUGUAAAACGUAUAACUCUAUUAAGAUUUCAAUUGGCUUAUAUUUCAGUGUAGGUAUCACUAAAUUAGGUUUGAUACUAGAUUUACGGAAGCUUGUUUGACUCAUAUUGAAUUUUAUAAACAUUAUUUGGCAAAUGUUCGGAUGGAUUUUGAUUGAUUCAAUUACGUGAUUAUGGUUCUUAAUAUAUUUUUAAACAUUUGAUUUCUUAGGUCUAACAAUAGAUUAAACUGUACAAUAAAUGUCCGUAAAUCUAGCGUUAACGAUUUCUCAAAGGAUUUGUACCUUUCCAGUAAUUAUAAAAGAAGAAGAGAAAAUAAUUUUUAAUAAAUAGAUUCAACAGAAAACAUCGUUUUUAAUCAGACUUUUGCACGUUGACGCUAUUGCUGGAUCAUGCAUGAUAAUGUUAACAAGUUGAGUGCCGCACGAUUUUGCCGAGAAGAAUGUACAAAAUGAAAAUAACCUAAUAUCAGAUUAUACAAUUGAAAUGCAUUAUCAUUGCAGAUUUAUCUUGUCGAAUGUCGCUACGUUAAGUAGUAUUACUAACAAUACAGAAAAGUUUCGAAAUGAUCAUCGUUUAAUCGAAUAAAUUAUAGUAAUUCAAUUUGAUCGAGAUCACCGGUGACCCCAUGGCAACCAACGUGUUAACAGAGAAAUCUCGUUUUUAUAUAA